AUCAUGAUUUUCGCUUCCGACAACUCGAAGUAACAUUUUCAUAAUGUUGUAUGUACUCCACUCUCUGAGACAUAAACAUUUACCCAUAAAUGAACCAGCGUAACCUUCCACUAGUUAUGUUGUUCCGGGCGGGAAUAGCGCUAUCAAAUGCAAUUUUACGCGCUAGCGGAUCCCUAUCAAGCCUAUCCGAUAGCCUGCGGCGCGAAGACGAAAAUCCCAUUUAAUAAUACAACAAAAUUCGCCUCGAAAUAUUUUAAACCAAGUCCAAAUUUACGAAUUCGACAAGUGAAGCUAUUAGACAUCGGAAAGGAUAAUGAAGGAUCUUCGACCUUGAGCCUGGUCAUCUCCCUUGACCAUGGUGGUCUCAAACAGCAAGAGUAAGGGGAGUGUCAAGUCAACCAUUCAAGACACUCCAAACGUUGACGUUCGCAUUCAGGACAUCCGUAUCGCAGAUGUAGACCAAAGUUCCAUGCCAAAUUCUACGAAUUCGCGCUCGUCGCACACAGUAAGCGCAUCCGCCGCACAGUCAGGCUCAUACUCAGUCAUAAACCGGUCACCAAUCUCAAAGCCAGCAGAUUGGACCCUAGAUCUCCCCGACUCCCAACAUGCACAAUUCUUCAGAAGCACAGAUUGGGCUGCAACUCCCCUUGGUCCAUUGGAGUCAUGGGGACUUGCACUUCGACUUCACACUUUUACGACGUUUUCGGAUUCGAGACCUGCGUGUUUAUACUGGUAUGAUGCAACGACGAAUCCUCUCUACCCAAAAUUGGACGCUCUGACAAUAUCACGCUAGGGGACAGCAUAGGGUGGCUAUAUACAACGAACAUUUUAUCACUAUGGCUGGCAAAACUCAUCCAACACUGAUGGGCAAAACUUUUGAAGUGGCAUUCCCAGAGAUCUGGGACGACAUAAGAGGCGUUUUCAUCUAUGCAGAGACUAGCAAGGUUACGGCGGACGUCAAUGAGAUACCUUUAAUGGUAGAAAGGAGUGGGUACAAAGAGGAGUCAUAUUUUACUGGAAGCUUCAAUCCCGUUCGACGCGAAGAUGGACGAGUUGGAGGCUUUUACAAUUCUGUAGGUUCGUAAUUGGUCCGCAAAUUUCACCGUCUUCCAAGCCCAAUUCUGUUCCUGAUUUCACUCCCCACUUCUCUCAUCACCGAAAUAUUCUUUCUCCUUGAGCGAAAUGAAUUGCAUGUUAAAGCACCUUUCAAGGCAUUUAAGCCUUAGGGAUAAUUGGAUUGUCAACUCUGUGUUGAAAUUUUGAAGAGCGUUCCAAGGUAUCUAAGUUCAAGGGGCAAUUUAGAUGUCGGAUCUUAGCUUAGAUAUUGAAGAAGGUACUUCAUUUCCAAUUCAGUAUGCGAUUCAUUUCGUAGGUCCUGGGUCUUUCAAUUCUGAAUUUAGCGUCACUCCGUUAUUUUUCUCCCGAAUUUUCUCCACCAUGAGCAGUUACUGAAGUCUGGAUGCAGUUGAAGUUACUACUCAAAAGCUUAACGAGAGAAGACUUUCAAUGUUGAGUUCGUUAGAAAUCCCCAUGGGGUUGCAACAAGGAACGCUUGCUAGUCACAUAAUGCCUCAUCUAAUGUCUAACCCGCUAGACAUUCCCAUGGCGAUGCUAUACCAGGUUGACGAACAAAGCCCUUCUGGGUCGACGGUUUAUUUGCGGGGUCAAAUUGGUUUCCCUGCUCACCAUCCCCUUGCUGUGGAGAAGGCAGAGCUCAGCAGCUGCCUUGCACUCUUCCCACUGUUGUGUGAGACAGGCAAUGAAAUCUCAACUCAUCCUGUCGACGAAAAGUUUACCGGAGUUGAAUGGCACGGUCACAAGGAUGAGUUGACUGGAAUUCACGAACCAUCAACAGAUUUUAGUAUACUUCCAAUCUCGACUGGUGAUCGUGUCUUUGGAUAUCUCAUACUUGGCGCGAACUCACGUCGGCCGAUUGACAAACACUAUAGUGAUUUUAUGAAAUCUAUCGCCUCUAGGGUCUCGUCGAUAGCAUCUGCUUUGGCUAGCGCUGAAGAAACAAAGCAAAGAGCCGACCGUCUAGAGAAGGAACUGGCCGAAAGUGAGAGACAAAUUAGAUACAUGGCGCAGAAUGCUCCGGUAGGUAUGUUACAAGUGUCGAGUGAGGGGAAAAUUCUCUGGGCAAACCACAUGUACUAUCAAAUUACCGGUCAUCCAGGACCCGAGACUGUGCCAUAUAAUUUUUCCUUCUUGGAUACGUUGGUUGAUGAGGAUAGGAGUCAACUUUUACAGUAUUGGCAACAGCUUCACGAAGGGGCAUCCCGUGUUGAGGUCACGUUGCGGCUCAAGCGUUUGUUUGUGCCACCGAAUGGGGUACCUGAUCACGCCUGUAUGCUAUCACUGGCAUUCCCAUAUGUCGUUGAUGGUAAGGUGCAAUCGAUUAUGGUUUGCUCCACGGAUAUUUCUGAACUCAAAUGGGCCGAAGCAUCAGAAGCAAGAAAUGCCGCGGAAGCACGGGCGGCAAAACGUCAACAAGAAGAAUUCAUUGACAUUGUCUCUCACGAGAUGCGAAAUCCACUUUCUGCUAUAUUCCAGUGUGCUGAUAUGAUCGCCAAUUCCUACAAGGAUGCAUCACAUAUGGAUGCCGCUGAAAUUUUGAAAAACAAUGUCGAAGCGGCAAAUACCAUAGCCAUGUGCGCUAGUCAUCAAAAACGCAUUGUGGAUGAUGUCCUAACACUUUCAAAACUCAAAUAUAUGCUACUGUCCAUAUCACCACGCCCUGCUCGCCCGGCAGCUCUUUUUGGGCAGCAAGUCGUCAAAAUGUUCGAAGCCGAUUUAUUGUCUCACGAAAUUUCAAUCAAAACACUAGCUCAACCUUCUUUCGCCUCAAGUAAUAUUGACUGGGUCUUAUUUGACUCUUCGCGUGUCACCCAAAUAUUGAUAAAUUUGUUGACUAACGCGAUAAAGUUCACCCGAGGGGAAGCAAAAAGGAAUAUCACCAUCACUUAUGGUGCCACGCUGACUGAGCCGGAGAAGAAUUUCGAUAAGGACUUUUACUGGGUACCUUGUGAUAGCAAAUUCGAAGACUUGACCCUCAAUCCUGAAUGGGGCUCCGGAGAACAAGUGUUCCUUACAUGCGCAGUCAUCGAUACGGGAGUUGGCAUGCAUGCCGAAGAAAUUCCUCGUCUCUUUACGCGUUUUGAACAAGCCAAUGCGAAAACCUCUAUAAAGUAUGGCGGAUCUGGUUUAGGCUUAUUCAUUUCUCAACAACUUGCCGAGAAGCAAGGCGGGAGGAUCGGUCUAUCUUCAGAAUUAGGCCGGGGAAGUACUUUCGGAUUUUAUGUCAAAGCCCGACGUAGUAUUGAGCCGUCAAACGAGACGCGGCCAGGUUUGACAUCUGCAUUGUCCGGAGGAUCUUCUUACGAUAAAUCGAAACCAAUGCAAGUUUUACUAGUCGAAGAUAACCUUGUUAACCAAAGACUAUUGAAAAAGCAAUUAAUAAGAGCCGGAUGCGUGGUAUACGUGGCCAACCAUGGGCUAGAGGCUCUAGAAAUAUUAAGACAGUGUUCCUGCUGGCAUGAGCCAGUGAAAGAUGCGAAAGGCUUGGAUAUUAUACUCAUGGAUUGGGAAAUGCCAGUGAUGGACGGCCUUACCUGUAGUCGUGAGAUUCGAGCUUUGCAACAGUCUGGAAAGAUCGUGAGACAUCUUGAAAUUAUUGCAAUUACUGCUAAUGCCCGAGAAGAGCAGGUCCAGCUAGCAUUGCACAACGGGAUUGUGAGUCUUUAAACGAUGAUCUGAAUUGAAACGUUUUGCUGAUAUGUGCUACAGAAUUUUGUUAUGUCGAAACCUUUUUUGGUCGCGGAUUUGCUUUCCAGAAUGGGAGAAAGACUCAGUGGGACAAAUGAUGGGACGACUUUUCAGUGAGCGAGUAAUUUCCAACGUCUUCCCAUACUGACAGGGAGUGCAUCACGAUCUGAUCAUUAAUCAUCCUGCCACGUUUUCGAUGGGCGUUUGGAUAUCUGCGAUUAUCAAAGUCAAUAUGAAUAAUCAAGAGCGGUGGCGGAGAGAUUUCGGUGAAGAGGCCGUGGCAUAUCUGCGCAGCUCCGUAUCAAAGCAAUGUCGUGAAUCUUCCGGUAGUUUUGGCAGGAGAAAUACCAUAAUAGAUGGAAAUUCAGUCAGCAUAAAGUCUAGGAUGGCAAUUUUGCAGCUCUCAUUCGAAGUGAUGGGUAAUCUAUUAGAUGAAGUAUUCGAAGUGGAUUACGCAAUAUGUGGAAUAUACGGAAUAUACGGCAAUAGGCAGGCAAAGCCAAGAGAUAGCUAAGAAUGAGGCUUGAGUCCCAGAAUAGGAAGCGGCUGCUCACGUCGCUCUUUCUCCUAUAUUCCGCCAAUCUGGUAAGGUUAGUUACUGAAGUAGAAAAAACGAAAAUUA